AGUAAAUGAUGAUAAAUAUUCCAAACCAAAGCUUGAUUACCAGAAGUGGAAAGAAAUGUUCAAUAUGCACAGUGAUGAAGAAGAAGAACCAUUAUUCCCUGUAGAAGAAGAGGUGACUCCUGUUGAUCCUACUAAGAUGGAGGUAAAGUAUGCUUUUAAUAACAAGAGUGCUUAUAAGAAACAUCUUAGGGGUUACUGUGUAAAACAUAAUUAUCAGUAUACGGUCUAUAAGAGUGACAAAACAAGAUUAAGAGUGAGAUGUAGGUUUAGGGAAGAGUAUGGUUGUAACUGGUUUGUAAAUGCUAGCAUAAAAAGGCAUGAGCCUACUUUUAUUGUUAGGAAGGUUAAUCUAGAACACACUUGUGUUGCGGAUCCAAAGAGUUUUAACAGAUCCGCGGAUCCUGAGUUCGUAAAAGAUGUGGUACAUGAGAAGUUAAAGCAGACAGCUGGGGCCUUAAUUCCAAAGCCUAAACACAUUGCAAGAGACUUUUUUGUAACUCAUAACAUCAAUAUACCUUAUAUUUGUGCAUGGAAGGCUAGAAAUCUUCUUUUAGAAGAUCUGUUUGGUAAUUAUGAAGACAGCUACAAGGAUGUACCCAUCUUUUGUGCAAUGGUGGCUCAUACUAAUCCAGGGUCUGUUGCUAAAUACACUUAUGGGAAAAGAGAUAAGACAUUCAUGAGCAUGACUAUUUCAUUUGCUGCACCAAUGAGAGGAUUUCAGAAAGCUUGCAGGGGAGUCAUAGGUUUAGAUGCAUGCCAUCUAACUGGAAAGCGUGGUGGUGUUCUAAUGGCUGCAACAGCAAUUGAUGGUCAGAAUUCUCUGGUGCCUUUAGGCAUUAAGGUGGCUAAGAGUGAAACCAAGGAGAGCUGGACUGGGUUCCUCAAGGAUUUGGCUCCAGCAAUCAAUGCACAUCAUGCUGGCAGAAUUACCUUUAUUUCUGAUAGGCAAAAAGGGUUGUUGGAAUCUGUUCCAAAGGUUUUCCCUGGUGCAAGAGUUAGAUAUUGCUUCAGGCACUUGUACAAGAACUUCAAGAAGUACCACAAGGCACCAACCUUGCACAACUUAUUGUGGAAUGCAUGCAAAGCUUACAAAGUGAGGCAUUUUCAGGAGCACUUUGACAACAUAUGCAAAGAAAGUCCGGCUGCUGGUGAAUAUCUUAGGAAAGAAGAUCCAAGUACUUGGUCUAGGGCUUAUUUUGAUCCCAUUAGCUGUUGUGAGCAUAUGAAUAACAAUUUCUCAGAAUCAUUUAAUUCUAUGAGUUCUAAUAUGAGAGAUAAACCAAUAAUCCAACUAGGCAUGAUGUAUGGUCAGUUAGUAAUGGGUUUGUUAUUUAAGAGAAGGGAAGAAUCUGCUAAGUGGAAUCAAAAUGAUUUGGUCCCUGCUGCUGUUAAGUUGAUAAAUAAGAUGCUUGACUUGGUUGGGAAGUUUGAUACAGAAGGAAGUGUGGUUGGACAGGUUUAUUUGGUAACUAAUGUGUCUACCAAGAAAAUUUUCACAGUGAACAUUGUAGACAAACAAUGCACUUGUUUGCAAUGGCAGCUAAGGGGAUUCCCUUGUCAACAUGCUGUAUGUGCAUUGAAACUGCUCAGGCCAAACUGGAAAGAUUAUUGUGCUCCUUACUACUCUGUGGAAUAUUAUAGGACCAUAUAUGCAGAUGCUGUAAAUCCACUAGAAGACAUAAGUGAAUGGAACUGGGAAGAUAAGGCAUCCAUGGACAUCAACUUAAAGCCUCCUCCUUAUCAAAGAAAAACUGGAAGACCAGCAAAGAAGAGGAAGAGGAGCUAUGAUGAACCUGAAACUGUGGUGAAGAAAAGGAAAUGUGGAAAGUGUGGAUCUACUGCUGGUCAUAAUAAGAGAACCUGUGCUGGUGGUGAUGUUGGUAAAAACCCAACUGGAUUCAUGCCAAGCACCGAGUAUGAUGCUGCAAACUGCACCUUCACUAGUAGAGAUCAUCCUGAAAGUAGCAGUGCAAGGGGUAAAGCAAAGGUGAACAAAUCCAGAGGUACAUCUUCAUUUGUUGGUGAGUCAACAGGACCUAAAAACUUUGGAAGAGCACCAACAGAACCUAGCACCCAUGGAUCUACACAAGAUGUUCUGAAUUUCAGUCAGAACUUUACUGGUAUUGGAUCUGUUAGUCAACAUAUUCCUGUCACAAAGGGAAAGCAAAGCAAGGCUAAGAAGAAGUAGAAGUGUGUGUGUGCUUCUUGUUGUGUUAGAUCUUUUUUUUUUGCUUUAGACACUGAUAUCAUAGUGUUAGAUCUGUU